CAGCAGCAGAUCGCCAUUCACCACCAGCAGCAGUUCCAGCACCGCCAGUCCCAGCUCCUCCACACAGCCACUCACCUCCAGCUGGCCCAGCAGCAGCAGCAGCAAGCCCCAUCUCUGACCCAGCAGCAGCAGCAAGCUCAGCCUCCACCGCAGCAGCCUCCACCUCCAAACCAGCAGCAGGCUCAGACCCUGGUGGUGCAGCCCAUGCUGCAGUCGCAGCCGCAGCCCAUGCAGCUCCAGCAGGACAGUCCUUGCCAGCCGGCCACCAAGUCACCUGUGCCCAUUCAGUCAAAAUCUCUGGUCGCCCCUAUCAAACCGCCUCAGCUGGGACCUGCCAAAAUGUCCGCAGCGCAGCAGCCGCCGCCGCACAUCCCGGUGCAGGUGGUGGGGACGCGGCAGCAGGGCUCGGGCCAAGCCCAGGCGCUGGGUUUGGCUCAGAUCGCCGCAGCGGUGCCGACGUCCCGGGGGAUGUCAGCUGUGGUCCAGCCGGUUUCCCAAGCCCAUGCUGCUUCUCCGGCGUCAUCUUCAGCUCCAGCAUCCUCGCAGGAAGCUCCUCCGCUCACCGCAGGGGUGAAUUUGGCACAAGUUCAAGGCACAGCCCACAUGAAGAGCCCAGCCUCCUCUCCGGUCGUGGCGCAGAUGCCGGCAGCGUUCUACAUGCAGUCUGUCCAGCUGCCAGGCAAGUCGCAGACCGUGGCAGUGAAGCGCAAGGCAGAGCCAGAGGAGGAGAAGGAGGAGUCGCCCGGAGUCGCUGCGCUCCUGCCUGCCAGGUCCUCUCCUGUGACCGACAGCCCCAAAAGCACGGAGGAGAAGAGUGGCCUUGGAGAUAAAUCUGAUCCUGCUGCCGUUGCAACCCCAAAUACCACCGCAGGUGAAGGAGCAUCAGUCACCCCCACCUCUGCUCCCACCCCAAACCUGGCCAUGGUGUCACGUCAGAUGGGAGACUCCAAGCCCCCGCAAGCCAUCGUCAAACCCCAGAUCCUCACACACAUCAUUGAGGGCUUUGUCAUUCAGGAAGGAGCAGAGCCCUUUCCAGUGGGAUGUUCUCAGCUGCUGAAAGAACCUGAGAAACCGCUGCAGGGAGAGGCUCCUUCUGCCCAGAGUGAAAACUUGUCCAGCAAUUCUCCGGGAGGGGACAGUGCUUCUAUGGAGCUUGAUAAGAAGGCGAACUUGCUGAAGUGUGAAUACUGUGGGAAGUAUGCCCCAGCAACCCAGUUCCGUGGCUCCAAGAGGUUUUGUUCCAUGACCUGUGCUAAAAGGUACAACGUCAGCUGCAGCCAUCAGUUUCGGCUGCAGAGAAAGAAGAUGAAGGAGUUCCAGGAAGCCAACUACGCUCGCGUGCGCCGCCGGGGAGCGCGGCGCAGCAGCUCUGAAAUCGCGCGGACAAAGCUCCAGGGCAAGCGGCACAGG